CAUCACUUAUUGUUAAUAAUGCAUGUGGAUAUACAUGAUAAACCAAGCGAAUAGUAAGCCAAACUUAUCCUGAAAUAAAACUCGUGUUUAUUUGGUGUGUUUUAAAGCGUUUUAUACCACAUGGUUUGUGCUUGGUUGUGAAGUAGGUUUUUCUUUUAAACUCGAAAAGCUAAAGCGCUAACUUAAAAAAAAAAAAAAACUUUUUUUCGGAAAAGUCAUUUUAUGGGUUUUUAAAAAUUUUAGGUAAAUAAAUUCAUCCGCACCCUGCAAUGAUCUGAAAUCUCGAUGUAGGUUUCCUGAAAGCUAUGGUGUGUUGAAUGUGAAGCUUUAAAACAGCGGAUUAGCUUAGCUUGUAGCAUUUUAGCUGCUGCUGUUGUUUUGGUUUGUCAUCUCGGAGAUGAUCGAGGUGGUGGCCUCCAUGGCCCGAGGUCCAGUCUUCCUGGCCGGGGAGCUGAUGGAGUGUCUGGUCACAUUCACCAACCCCAUGUCACAUCUGUCCACCUCUGCUAGCAGUGAGAUGCUGGCGUGGGCCAGCGCCCAGAUCCACUGCCAGUUCCAUGCCAGCGAGAGCCGAGUGGCCCUUCCAGCCCAGGACAGCAAACAGGACGUCCAGGCCGAGAGCGACACUGUGCUGAUCCCCAGCAGAGGAGAGCGAGGGCAGUGUGUGCUCGACACACCACCAAAGAUCUUGUUCUGUGACCUGUGCCUGGACCCUGGGGAGAGCAAAACCUAUUCCUACAGUGAGGUUGUACCCGUCGACGGCCCUCCGAGUUUCCGCGGUCAGUCUGUAAAGUACGUCUACAAACUGACCAUCGGCUGCCAGAGGGUCAACUCGCCAAUCAAACUGCUGCGGGUUCCGUUCAGAGUGCUGGUUCUGCAAGGCAUGCCGGAGCCUCUGUGUACCCAGGAUGAAGAGGUGUCUCCCUCCAACCCCUUUUUGGAGGAGGAGGAAGGGAGCCGCAGAGAUGUUCGACCUUUGGAGAGAGCGCUGGACAUGCUGAUGGUCACCACGUCACGCCGCUGCCCACACAUGUUCAACAUCACCAACAUGCGUGGAAAAGUGGCCAAGUUUAGCAUUUUUAAGACAGUUUACAGGCUGGGUGAGGACAUCAUCGGCACGUUCAACUUCUCCGAGGGUGACAUUCCGUGUUUACAGUAUUCUGUAAGCCUCCAGAGUGAGGAGGCCAUUCAGCAGCAGUACCAGCGACGUCCAGGCCAGGCGGUAAGCGUCACGGGACAUGGGCGCCACCUAGAGUCCUGCCUCCACACCGCCUGCACCCACUUCUCCUUCCCCAUCCCGCUCAACGUGACGCCGGGUUUCAGCACGGAUGUAGUGACACUGACAUGGCGUCUGCACUUUGAAUUUGUCACUGCACGGGAGCCCAUGGAACCGCCCACUGUCCUGCAGAACCAAUCAGAGGUGACGGUGUGGGCCGGGGCGGAGCAAGUUGAUGUGGACACCUUCAGUUGGGAUCUUCCAAUCAAAGUCCUGCCGACCAACCCGGCCUUGGCAUCCUACGUGUCCCAGUUCACAGGGACCAACAGCAUUAAUAUCUAAGAUUCCACAUCUCGCUCUGUCAGCGGACAUGAUGUUCGUCCUCGUGCAGGAGACAAAAAAAAAAGAUUUUAUUUUUUUCCUACAAAUGAGAAACCUGUUCUCCGGGAGUUCCAGUUGUAAAGUAUGUAGUUUGGUUUUGUCUUUUUUUAUUUGCAUUUUGCAUUGCAUCCUAUUUUUGUUUUCUUUGGAAGAUGAACGCAUCACUGUUGUGGUUGUUGUACGUUUCAGCGUUUAUUUCAUCUGUGACUCCUUUAAUCAGAACCUCACCUGCUUAUUUUUUUAUCUCCACCAUGAGGUGAAACUGUUUUAUUCACAAUAUUUUCUGGCUUAACUGACAUCUGCAGCAGAUGAUGUAUAGAAAUGUAAAUGUUGCAAGAUAAAAAUUAAUUAAAAGUGCUUUAAAUUAUAUAAAAGGUUGAGUCGGUGGUUUGACACAGAAUGCAACAAAUUUUUAUAUUUCUUUAUUUUAUGGUUACAUGUUUACAGCACGGAAACUCAACAGACGCUGUUAUAUAUUACUGC